UGAACUCUGAGUGCUGCUUGUUCUCUCAGUGUGUGAGCUUAGCAAAAUGGCAGAGGCCAGUAUUUUGGUAGAUCAGGAUCAGUUCAUCUGUCUAGUGUGUCUGGAUCUCCUAAAGGAUCCGGUGACUGUCUCGUGUGGUCACAGUUUCUGUAAGGAGUGUAUUAAUCAUCACUGGAAUCAGGAGGAUCAGAAGGGCGUCUACAGCUGUCCUCAAUGCAGAGAUACUUUUACUGCAAGGCCUGUUCUGCUCAGAAACACCAUGCUAGCUGAAGUAGUGGAAAAACUGAAGAAGAAGACUGAAGUCCAAACUGCUUCUCCUGAUCACUGUUACGCCAGACCUGGAGAUGUGGAGUGUGAUUUCUGCACUGGGAGAAAACACAAAGCUGUCAAGUGCUGUCUGGUGUGUGUGACUUCUUUUUGUGAAAUUCAUCUUAAACCUCAUCUAGAAGUUCCUGCUUUAAAAAAACACACAUUAACUGAAGCCUCAGAAAAACUUCAACAGAAGAUCUGCUCUGAACAUAACAAGCUGUUUGAGAUCUACUGCAGAACUGAUGAGACCUGCAUCUGUUAUUUAUGUACGAUGGAUAAACAUAAAGGACACGACACCAUCACAGCCUCAGGAGAACGAGCUGAGAAACAGAGUGAGUUAAAGGAGCAGCAGAUGAAAUCCCAUCAGAGAAUCCAGGAGAAGCAGAAGAAGGUGCAGGAGCUGAAACAGGCUGUGAACACUAUAAAGCUCAGUGCACAGACAGCAGUGGAGGACAGUGAGAGGAUCUUUACUGAGCUGAUCAGCUCCAUGGAGAAAAUGCGCUCGGAGGUGAAGGAGAUGAUCAGAGCUCAGGAGGAGGCUGAACUGAGUCGACCUGAACGACUCCUGGAGGAACUGGAGCAGGAGAUCGCUGAUCUUCAGAGGAGAGUCACUGAGCUGGAGCAGCUUUCACACACACAUGAUCACAUCCAUUUCCUCCAGAGUUUCCAGUCUCUCUGUGUCUCUGCUGGACGUCAGUCUCCUACAGGGAAAAGACCAGAUUUUCACACAUCCAGCAUCACUGUCCAUCAACAUCACUUCUCAGAUGGAAUGAGGAAAUAUUUCUCAGAUCUGAAGAAGAGACUUGAGGAAUUCUGUGAGGAGGAAUUCAACAAAAUCCCUGCACAAGUUCAGUCUUUUCUCUCAGAGCCACAGAGCAGAGACAGGUUUCUGAAAUAUUCCUGUUAUCUCACUCUGGAUCCCAACACGGCACAUUGUUACCUCAUUCUGUCUAAGAAGAACAGAGCAGUGAGAUACAGUGUGAGAGAGCAGUGGUACUCUGAUCAUCCAGAGAGAUUUGACUACUGGCCCCAGGUGUUGUGUGAGGAGAGUGUGUGUGGACGCUGUUACUGGGAGGUGGAGUGGAGCGGUGUGAGUGUGUCUAUAUCAGUCUCAUAUAAAAACAUCAGAAGGAAAGGACGGGGUGAUGAGUGUAGGUUUGGACUUAUCAAUCAGUCCUGGAGUCUGCAGUGUUCUUCUUCUGCACUCUGUUUCUAUCACAACAACAUUAAGACUGAUCUCAGAGUUCCAGCACCAUCCAGAAUAGGAGUGUAUCUGGAUCACAGUGCAGGAACUCUGUCCUUCUACAGCGUCUCUGACACCAUGAAGCUCCUCCACAGAGUCCAAACCACAUUUACUCAGCCUCUAUUUGCUGGAUUUGGACCUUUAUUGUCUACUGUGAAAUUGUGUCAUCCAAAAUAAAUUGUGUAGUCUUCUUCUUCUUUUUCUUUUGGCUGCUCCCAUUAGGGGGCGCCACAGCAGAUCAUCUGUCUCCAUACGACCCUGUCCUCUACAUCUGCCUCUUUCACACUAACUACCUGCA